AAAAUCAGACUGAUGGCUAGAAAUAAGAAUAAGCUUACUAUCCAAAGCUUCCACCAAAUGGCAAGCUUGGUUUCACUAAAGCUGUCAAGCUCAAACUUCCUUCUAUGGAAAUCACAGAUUUAUCCAUUGAUUCGGAGUGCUCAGAUUAUGCAUCACCUUGAGGAGGAAGUGGCGCCAACAAUGACAGUGAUCAAAGAUGCAAAAGAAGUGCUCAAUCCAGAGUAUGAAGUCUGGCUAAAUAAUGCUGGGCUGCUUACAAGUUGGCUACUUGGAACUAUGAAUGAAGAAGCAUUAAGUCUUGUUGUUGGCUGUUUACAAAAUAAUGAAAGAGACUUGCAAAAUGCAGAACAAGGAAACAAGGACAAAAUUCCAGUUUAUGCUCAAGCCUUUGUUGCACAUAGGGGGAGAGGACAUCAACGUGGCAGAGGCUAUGGUGGUGGCAGAAACUUCAAUUCUAGAGGCAGAGGCUUUGUUCAAGCUGGGAAUUACCAUAAUUAUUGGACGAGCAAUAACAACAACAAAAGCUCAAUGGUUAACAAUAAUCCUUCACCACAACAACCCAUGUCACAUAAAUCUCAAGAGAAGAAUGUAAGACAACAAGGUAAGAAUAGCUGUCAAAUCUGUGGCGUUGUAGGAUACACUGCUUUGAACUGCUUGUACAGAUUUGAUCAUGCAUAUCAAUGUGAAGAGUUGCCUCAAGCCCUUGCAACUUUGAGCCUACUGGAAGACAAAGAUCAGAAUAUCUAUGUUGACAGUGGGGCUAGUGACCAUAUGAUCUCAGAUUCAGGUAAACUCUAUACUAAGAGACCAUAUUAUGGAAAACAAAAAGUUUUUACAGGCGAUGGCACUCCUUUGCAAAUUUCUCAUAUUGGAUCUACUACUGUUGGCUCUUUAAAACUUAAUGAUGUUUUAGUAGUUCCCAAACUUAAGAAAAAUCUCCCCUCUAUUGGUAAAUUUACUGAUGAAAAUCCAUGUGUUUUUGAAUUCUCAUCUAAUGGUUUUGUGAUUAAGGACCAAGUAACGCAAGCGAUUUUAGCAAGAGGAACUAGGAAUGGUCAAUUCUACGCAUUGGCUGAAGGAGAAAAGCUUGCUUUAUUUAUUAUUUCAGAUAAAGCUAUUGAUUCCAUUUGGCACCAGAGGCUAGGACAUCCAAAUUCUAGCAUUCUAAAAACUCUAUGUGAUGGUGGUGGAGAAUUCUCUAGCAUGGCUUUCACUAAUCACCUAGCAGAAUGUGGCAUUAAGCAACAAGUGUCCUGCCCUGGUACUCUAGAACAGAAUGAAGUUGCUGAAAGGAAGCAUAGACACAUUGUUGAGACAGAUGGGGAACUUUACACAUAUCCUGAUUAUGAUGAGUGGUGCCAAUCUAAAUCAAACCUACACCCAUUGAAGCACUUGGAUAAGCAACCAUCUACAUCUCAGAUGCCUUCUCGAUUUACUAUCAUCACUAAUGAGGGAGAGAACACUGAUUGCACCAAAGACUCAACAAGAACUGAACUUGAGAUGGCAACGGGAAUACCAAAUUUAUGUCAAGAAGAAAUUAAUACUUCUUCUAAAGAAGAUGGUGUUCAAUUCCAUGGUGCUACAGAAGAAUUAGAUUCCUCUCAAUCACUUAUUGGAGCACCUAAUUCAGAUCACCUUAUAACAUCAAAUGGAAAUCAAUCAACUGGAACAUCUGAAAUACCUAUAUUAGGAGUUUCACCACCAGUACAUAAUGCUAAUUCAGUAUCUAAUCACCCUAUGAUGACCAGGACUCAUAUAAGACAUGUUCAAACUAAAUUUACCAAGCAUGCACAUACUAUGACGAGUAAUGACUCAUCUUUGAAUCUUGUAGGUCUGGAUACUCAAGAACCUAAAUCAGUUCAACAGGCAUUACAGCUUCCACAUUGGGUUAAGGCAAUGCAAGAAGAACUAGAUGCUCUUCAAAAGAACGAAACAUGGAAGUUAGUGCCACCACCUUCAUCCUCAACAAACAUUGUUGGCUCCAAAUGGGUAUUCAAAACCAAGCUUCAUCCAAAUGGAAGUAUAGAAAGGUUCAAGGCACGCCUUGUAGCCAAAGGCUUUUCUCAAAUACCAGGGGUUGAUUUCGAUGAAACAUUUAGUCCUGUCUUCAAACCUACAACAUUACGCCUGGUCAUUGCCUUAGCCACAACUCUGAAUUGGUCUCUUAGACAAUUGGAUGUGAAAAAUUCCUUUCUCCAUGGAAAACUCAAGGAGACAGUAUACAUGACUCAACCGCCAGGUUUUGAAGACCCAAAAUAUCCUAACCAUGUUUGUAAACUCAAUAAAUCCAUCUAUGGCCUCAAACAAGCUCCGAGGGCAUGGUUUGAUACAUUUACAUUGCAUCUUUUGAAGAUGGGAUUUAGUUGCAGCCGAGCUGAUUCUUCUUUGUUUAUGCUCCAUAACAAUCAAGGUACUGCAUUACUCUUGCUAUAUGUUGAUGACAUUGUUCUCACUGCUAGUUCAGAACUUCUGUUACAAAGUAUUAUUGACCAUCUUAGUAGGGAGUUGCACUUAAGGACCUUGGGCAACUUAGCUACUUCCUGGGUAUUGAAGUCACACCCUUUGGUGGCGGUACUUUUCUUUUGCAAGCAAAAUACGCCACCGACCUUCUUGGUCGAACCUCUAUGCUGUGUAACUACAAGAAGAAGUACUAUAGGGUAUUGUGUUUUUCUUGGAGCAAAUUGUAUCUCUUGGUCCUCAAAGAAGCAACCCACUGUGGCGAGAUCUACUGCUGAAGCAGAGUAUCGUGCAUUGGCUCAUGCUACUGUUGAAAUAGUAUGGAUUACGUAUAUUUUUCGUGACAUUGGAAUUUCUUUACCAUCACCUCCUCAAUUGUUCUCUGAUAAUAUCAAUGUUCUUCAUAUGUCUAUCAAUCUUGUAUUCCAUGCUCGAACAAAACACAUUGAAUUAGAUUACCAUUUUGUUCGAGAGAAAGUGGCCAUUGGUACUCUAGUGACUAGGUACAUUCCUAGCACUGAACAGCUCGCUAAUGUGCUUACAAAACCCCUACCUCCCUCACAAUAUCAAUUGGUAAGAUUCAAACUAGGUGUGGUUGCUUCACCCCACUAUAGUUUGAGGGGGAGUAUGAAGGUAGAAUCACAGCAGAGGAUGAAAAAUCUGCAAGAAGCAAGAUCAAAAAAUGCUGGUUUGAUGAUGUUUUAUGUUGCUGGUAUGGGUGGUGUUUUAUGCUACAGCAUUAGUCCAAAAAGGCAAGGAUGGCUUGUGAAGGUGCAGAUUGGGACCAUGAGAGUACUCAACAUUGCAUCAAGUCAUUUUCAUGACCGAGUAGCCAAGUCUUUAGCCCAAGAAAGCUGUAGAAGAUGUAGAAGAUGAUGAAGCAGCACUUUGAGGUACCAAAAUCCUUGUUUUAUUUACUCAGAAAAUGCAACUUAGUUGCAAAACCUCCCAAAUUUGUUUGAGGCAGCAAAAUCCAAAGAAAGAAAGCUGUAAUGAAGGAGGAGCUGAGGUUGUUUGAGAAGGACAGUACGUGACUAUGGAGAAAAAAUGUGAAAACCAAGCACAAGAUGGACAACAAAGGGCUGAUCCCAGGUGCUUAGGCAUAAAUCUAUUUUUGUUUUGAUUUUACAGCUUUAACAUCAAGGACAAGUGUUAGAGUUGUGGUGUCAAAGCUACAGCAGUGGGAGCUAAUUGAAAGACGUGAGAGUUGCAACAUGACUGCAUAAUAGCAGCAAACUGACAACAGCAUGAAGCUGCACAUGGGCUGCAAAAUGGCAGCAAAUCUUUUGAAUGUAAUCUUGUUUUAAAUGUUUGAUAGAUUUUCUUGUAUUAGGUAAAAUAUUAGGUGAGAAGAAAUUAUUUUUUAUUAUGUUGUUUUUGCUAUAAAUAUGGCAAAAUAUC